AACGUAAUUAACGAUAUGCACUAAACCUGAAAGUGACCACAGACUCACAUUACAGUACAGCUUGAGCUUUCAUUUAGCAGGAAGUAGCUGGUCAUCUUUACCAGCUCCACAACGUCCUUUACAAAAAAAGAAAUACAGAGUAUCUAUACUCAAAUCAAACAACAGAUUUCCGAUUCGAGUACGAUGGCAGAAUCUACAAGAAAAAACUUGAAUACGGGUUCAAAAAGGACAUCAGAAAGGUAUAGUACUGGGCCUGGACCGAGAUCGACCACUCUUCGUCCGGCUACCUUAAAAAAACCAAGACCACGAAGACCUUCUUUUCAGGGCGAUCAAGUAACUCCUGAUAUGCGACCUGUCUUACAUCUUUUUGAUAUUUUUUCACGGAAAAUAUAUAUGGAAGGUUAUUUGUGUAAGCAAGAUAUCAUUAAUAACCAAGGUAGCACUAAUUCGAGCGAUGACUGGAUAGAAUAUUACGUGGAAUUGUGUGGUCCUGUUCUAAGUUUUUGGAAGAUAGCGAAUAAUCACGACUCUGAAACACCAGAAGUAUCCCAGGCUCCUCUUAUAUUAAAUUUACCUAAUUGUUUAGUAGAUCUAUCUAUUCUAGAAGAUAAUAAUGUAUCCCAACGUAUGCACGUGUUUUUUCUUUAUUUAAUUCAAGGUGAAAAAUUAUAUUUACAAGCUUCAGAUAAUAAUACUUUAAAUUUAUGGGUCAAUGCAAUCCGUUUAUCAUGUUUUGAAAGAUCAAGAUUACAGGAAGUUUUCACAGCAACAUUAAUUAAACGUCCUGGAUUGAAAGAUUUUGGUAAUGGAUCUGUGUUAGUAAAGGGUAAACUGGAAGGUAAUCUUCAAGUGCAAUUUGCUGGUAACUUUGAACCUAAAACUUAUUGGGUUGUUGUAGCGGAUCAUCGCGUUGAAGAUAAAAAGAAAAAAGAUUUGUCAUUUACUAGAGGACAAGCUUUGUUUUAUGAAUCAAAAAAAUCAAAAAAACCAUUCAUGACUUUAGCAAAUGUUCUUCAAACUUACGCGAUUUAUCCUGAAGAUCCCGCUAUCAUAGAUAAAACGGCCACUUUCUGUGUUGAAGGUACUUUAUUUCCUACAAAGCCGACUGAAAAUAAACCUGGUGAUUUUGUUAUUUUGACAACUGAUUCACUUAAUGAAAUGUCAAAAUGGCUUUUUGGUUUUUUUGAUAGUUUCAAAUUAUAUGGUAGACCAAAAGAAUUAUUAUAUGAUUUUAAAAAUCCAGUAUCACCAUUUUUUGCCGUGCCAACUGGUAGAAGUAAUACUAAAUUAUUUUUAGAUCUUCCCGAAGUAAAACAUAUUGAAAUACGUGAAUCGUUAGCGGAUGUAAAAGCUGCAUUCGCUGAAAUUUUACGUCAAUCUUAUAAUUUACAACAACAAUUACAUGAUAAUUCUCAACAACCACCUCCAAAUGUAAAUCAAAAAUCCUCAAGGAAAACAAGUGCACAUAAUCUUCCUCAGAUUGUGACCGAUGGUUUAUCGGAUAAUUAUGAUCGCCAAAGGACCUUUUCAAAUGAAUCUAAUUCUUCAACACCUAGUUCAAAUUCUCCGUCUACAUUGAAACCUAUAAAUCAAACUUCACGUCCUAAUUCCAUGGUAUCCCUGACCGGAGGUUCUCAAAGGAGUCCAAUUUCGAUUACCCCCAUAUCACCACAUUCACCUACAACUACUAAUAAUACCAACCGUUCAAAUUCAUCGUCGUCUCAAGUUACUCAAUCGAACAAACGAAGAGGUAAAAGAGCUAAACAAUUGGCCAGUAGCGAUGAAUCGGAAGAUCAGCAAGGAGAUUCACAGAGUGAAAGCGGGAAAUCUGAUGAUGAUGAUGUUGAUGAUGAUGAUGACGAAAACGAUGACCCAACACUCUUAAAAAAUACACAGGAAAAUGCGAAAAUUACCGCAGAAAUUGAAGCAGAAUUAUUAAAGGCUAAAGCAGAUGAGUCUGUUAGCUUUGGAAGUAGCUUUGGAACAUUUGGAGAUAGUGACUUUAUGUCUGAAGUUAUGACUGCUGUAGCUGAGCGUAAAGAUGAAUCUAUUCAAGAGGAUACUUCAACAAAAAAAUCUAAACCUAAAAGAAGUGUUUCGUUCAAAAAUCACACCGCCAAACAAAAAAGUAAAGCUAAACGAAGACUUGCUCCACUUCCAUCUGAUAGCGAAGAAAGUGGUAAUAGUGAUGAUGAAUCUAAUAGCGAUGAAAACAAUAGCGAGGAAGAUAGUAGCGAAGAUUCUAGUUUAAAUAAAAAUGUUAAAUCUAGCCAGACUAUUAACAAACCGGGUAAAGGAAAUAAGAAAAAGACAAGGGUUGUACCACAGCCAUCUGAUAGUAGUGAUGAUAAUGAAGAAUUGAGUGAUAGUGGUAAAAAAAAAAUGAAUACACAACUCCAACAAAAACCUUAUCGGCAAUCGCCUCCCUAUGGACAAUAUGGGCCUGGUUCAAAGCAGCCUCGUGGCGGUAUUAGUUCAACCAACCAAUAUGCAGAUAAAAAUUAUCCACAAAUUCAACAACCUUUACAUCCUCAAGGAAACUUUGAGAACGAUCCAGAAGGAAUAGUUACACCAAGAAGAAAUCCUGUACGUAGUCGUAACAUACUUCCUAGUGGAAAUGUAACUGAUGAACAGUUUCGUGGAAGGUCAAAAGGGAAAAAGCCGAUUACAUCUGAAGAAGCAGAUAGUGAACAAGAGAAUGAUACCAAUGUUAAAGAUACUAUAAAAAGCAACAAAAAGGAAUUUAGCAGUCAACAAGAUGAUUAUCAAUUUGAAAUAGGUGGUUUAGAUAUAGAUAUUAGCGCGUUGAAUUUUGAUACUAUAAAUGAACCUGCAAUUGAAACAAAGGAUAGUAAAAAAGGGAAAAACAUACCUUCUGAUGAUGACGAUGACGAUGAAGUUUUGAACAGGACAACAAAAGUAUUUAAGCCAACAAAGCAAAAAGAUAAAUUAAAGAAUACGACAAGGCAUGUUAAAAGUAAAUCGAGUGAUAGUAGUAGUGAUGAUUCUGAGAAUAACCAGUCAUCAACAUCAGAUGAGCCAUUGGCUGCAUUAGUUGAGGAAGGAAGUGGAUUAAAUACUAAUUUUGUCAGGCCAAAUUUCAAUACUCCGCCCAGGUCGGUAUCUCCAAAUUACCCACCUAGGUCAGUAUCUCCAAAUUACCCACCUAACCAGAGAUGGGGAUCGGGAAGUGAUUAUGUGGAUAACAUGUAUCUAUCAACAGACAACAGGCGGAGUGUAAUGAUGCCACCACAAAUUCGAGGUGGUGAGUAUUAUGAUGAUGAUUAUAUGAAGGUUGGAGGACGACCUAGAUCAAUGAUGAACCCUGGACAAAUGAUGGCUGGUCGAAGGCGUGUAAGUGGUGGGCAAUUAGAUUAUGCACGAGAAUCCAUAUAUUUGGAUGAUGGAUAUGAUGAUCACCCAAAUCAUUAUCGACCAGUGAGCUUGAUAGAUUCUAUAUCGCAAUCUCAGCUUUCAGCUCGUGAACAAGAAAUGCUGGCUAAAGAAAUGGGUACACCUUUAAUUAAUUUACCGGAGAGACAAAAAGACCCACAAACAGGAUUAGUUGGAGCCAUUACUGCAAGAGAAAAUCAAAGAAAAGCUAUGGGACCUUCGAUAUUGGCAAGACAGGCGGAAUUAGAAAGAGAGAGAGCAUUUGAAAGAGAAAGAGAACGCAGAUUAAUGGAACAGCGACAACAAGCUAUGAUGGUUGAAAGAGAAAGAGAUUUCUUGCAUCGACAGUCUCAUUUUGGACCUCCAGGAGAUCCAAGGUCAAGUAGAUUUUUGGGAAGCCAACAAUAUUUGGAUCCCGGACACAGAGGUUCUUAUCACGAAAGUUAUGGACCAUAUAUACAAACAGAAGAUGAUUAUGACGAAGACGAUGAUGUUCCUUUAGCUGCAUCAACAAUACCGCCAGUACAAGCAAGGCAACCUCGAGCUGCUAGGAAUCGGCGUAGAGAUACCGAAUAAAUACUAAAAAUUAUAAUGAUUUAUCAAAGAUUUGGACAUUGUUUGAAAUUCAUUAUGAUUCCCUAUUAUUAUCCGUAAUACAUCCAUAAUUAUUAGAAUUUUCGAUACUUUGUAUAUUAUUUUUAUAUCAGUUUUAGUUUUGGAAUUCUUGUGGAAGAAAAUAUUUUUUUAUUAAUAUUUAUGCAUAAAAU